GUAGCAAAAACCCCACUUUAUUUAUUUUUAUUUUUUAUUACUCUCUAAAACUCACUUGGUGAUUCCUCUUUGUCCGUAAAAAAUCUGCUUUUUUCCAUCUCUCACUCUCUCCUCUCAACCCUUUUUAUGCUCCUCACUACAGCUAUAACCUCAUGUUUUGUCCUUCAUUCACUUCUCAAACAACCUGCAAGACACUCUCUCUCUUUCUUGUUCUUCUCUCUUCUUCUGUUCUUCAUAACCUUCACUAGUAACAAUUUUUAAUUCUAAAACCCCUUGAAUUUUCUUAGCUCUGAAAACACCAUUUCUAAGUGUUUUUGUCUUUUGCCAUUGAAGGAACCCUGUAAUGAGUAAGUGUUGACCCUUCACUCUAUUUAGUUCAAUUCCUUCUCAAGAAAUACAGAUAGUGAAGUAUUUGAAGAGAGAAACAAGGGAUAGGUUCUCAUUAUGGCCAGCUGUUGUCAAUAUCCACACUCAUAUUUGUUUAUUUUGAUUUGACGAAGGUUUUGUUUCCUAGUUUUGUAGCGUUUGCUCCAAAAAGAGAAGAAAGAAAAAACAUCUUAGGUAUUCUUUAGUCCGCAGCCAACUACAUUAAUUUAAUCAUUUAGCCGUUGUGACUUGUUCAAUCUCUUUUGGUCUCCAAAAAAAGAAAAAACAUAGUAAAAAAGGCAAAGAGAUAGAGAGAGAGGGGAGCUAGAAAUGGAAAUGCCAAGUCAAGAAGUGGAGAUUCCAAUUCCAAUAAACAUCACAUAUGGUGGGGGACAUGGCCAUGGGCACAUGAUCCAUCAUGACUCUGCAGCCCACAAUCGUAUUAUACCUGCAGCUUCAGCAUCCCUUCAAAUGCCAUCAAAUGGCCCCAUAUCCUCCAUGCUUGAGGACCAUGUGCCGUACAAGAAAAUGGUUAGGUACAGAGAGUGCCUUAAAAACCAUGCAGCUUCCAUGGGUGGUAACGCCACUGAUGGCUGUGGAGAAUUUAUGCCUAGUGGAGAAGAGGGCACUUUAGAAGCCUUAACUUGCUCAGCCUGUAACUGCCACAGAAACUUCCACAGAAAAGAAGUUGAAGGGGAGCCUUCUCCUAGUGAUUUCUAUCAAAAUCCAAGAGUGGGAAGGAAAUAUUUUGUAGGACACCACAAGGGGAUUUUGGGGUCUGAAGCAUUAGGGUACCAUACUGGGUCACUGAUUUCCUCUAGAGCAGUGGCACCACAUCAGAUGAUAAUGUCCUACGACAUGGGGUCACUGCCUUCGGAGUCAGAUGAGCAGGAGGAAGGUGAUGGCGGCGGCGGCGGUGGCGGUGGAGGUGGUGGGAUGGUGGCCCGGCCACCUCAGCUGGUGAAGAAGAGGUUCAGAACAAAAUUCACUCAAGAGCAAAAGGAGAAAAUGUUCAACUUUGCAGAGAAAGUUGGAUGGAAAAUACAAAAACAAGAAGAAUCCGUGGUGCAACAAUUCUGUCAAGAAGUUGGGGUCAAAAGAAGAGUACUAAAGGUUUGGAUGCACAACAACAAGCACAAUCUUGCCAAGAAAAACCUUCAAUCCAAUGAUCAAAACCCAGUUUAAGAACAAAUUCAAAGAGUAAUUUUCGAAGUUCUUGUCAACUAAAAGUACUUAUAAUUAUUUUAUUUUCUUCUUAUUUUGGAUUUCUCACUUUUCCUUUAGUUGGCUAGUUAUAUAUAUCUUAUAAUGACACUGUUUAUGUAACUUAGUUUUGGAAACUGCCUUUGGUCACGAGUGAUUUCAUUGCAGAAUGAAGUUUUCUCAAACUUCUCUGAGUAUCUACAGUGUAUGUUGAAAAUGAUUACUUCAGUAAUAUUAUUAUUAUUAUCA